CGCCCUUUAGCGACAUGUAUUCUGAAAAGAGGAGCAGAAUUUGCACAGGACACACAUCGCUGCGUCUGCAUGAGGGUCCCUGUGCCACGUCCACCGCUCGCUCUCUCGCUCGCUCGCUCGCUCUCUCGCUCGCUCGCUCGCUCUCUCGCUCUCUCUCUCUCUCUCUCGCUCUCGAAACGUCCCAUUAAAGUUAAAGAUGUGUCAAAACACGUUAUCGAUUAUAUGUUUGGAGAGAAUAUUCCUAAAUAUAGCCAGCUUUGAAAGCCUUGAAUAUUCCAGGGUGGAUCUAGGGGCAGUGAUCAGUAGGCUACAGCCCCGACAAGAAGGGGAGCUCCUGGCAGCCUCUCCAUCCCCUGCAGACGUUACUUCAUGGCGGUGCACUCGCGUCCGUGUGUGUCCAGGCUGUCGGGGAGCAAGUGUAGGGAAUAGAGGUGAAGCUCAAGCGCAGACGAGGCGAAGCCAGUCCGAUCUGACAGCGGUGGGUGUUUGCUUCUGCGGAAGAUGGUCGCUAAACAAAGGAUUCGCAUGGCCAACGAGAAGCACAGCAAAAACAUCACACAGAGGGGCAACGUUGCGAAGACCCUGCGACCACAAGAGGAGAAAUAUCCAGUGGGGCCGUGGCUUUUGGCACUGUUUGUAUUUGUUGUUUGUGGAUCAGCCAUCUUUCAGAUCAUACAGAGCAUCCGAAUGGGCAUAUGAGCCCCAGCAGCUCGUACCUCCUCUGCCAGAAGGAAGAACCUGAGAUAAAACCAGAGGCUUGGCAUUCUGAAUGUCACCUGUAUGCUAAAGAACUGAGUCCUGCGUACUGUACAUGACACUGUUGAUCACUUGUUUACAAUGUACCUGGAUGGCAGGAACAAGUGCUUUUCUACUAAACCAUUGUUGCUGGCAUUUCCAACUCACGUCUUAUCAUGAAUUAUAUUUGUGAUCAUUAACUAUGUGCGACACUCUGUUUGUAUACUUGUCUGUGCUGCAGGAACUUUUUCAAAUAAAUAUUCCACAUUUGA